CCGCUUUAAGGCUGGUGACCCGUAUGAACACCGUGCGGUGGCGAAGUGGCGACGUCACCCGGCAGUGAAGUCACGCGCAGCGGAAAUGGUGUGUGUGUGACGGGAUUAAGGAAGAAGAGUCUGUGCGGGAGAUGCGGGGAGCUGCUGUGUAUGUCAGAGCUGCGCUGAUCUCUCAGUUAUUAUAACUGUGACUCCGGGUUCAGUCAGGGUGGGUUUACCCGCGGUAUGGAGUCUCUCGGUCAGGAGGAGGCUAAAGGGCCCGUGCUGCACAUCGUGGUGGUGGGAUUUCAUCACAAGAGAGGCUGUCAGGUGGAAUUUUCAUAUCCACCCCUGAUUCCUGCUGAAGGCCAUGACAGUAAUAAUCUGCCAGAAAAAUGGAAAUACCUGCCCUUCCUCGCUCUGCCUGACGGAGCACACAAUUAUCAGGAAGACACCGUUUACUUCCAUUUACCGCCUUUGAGUGAAGAAAUGAAGUGUGUGUAUGGUGUCUCCUGCUAUAGACAGAUUGAAGCAAAGGCUCUGAAAGUGCGACAAGCUGAUGUUACGAGGGAGACGGUGCAGAAGAGUGUGUGUGUGCUUAGCAGAGUGCCACUGUAUGGUCUAAUUCAGGCUAAACUCCAGCUUAUCACACAUGCCUACUUUGAGGAGAAAGACUUUUCUCAGAUCUCCAUCCUCAAGGAACUGUAUGAUCACAUGAACGGUUCAUUAAGAGGUACCACGCUAGAGGGUUCUCAGGUGUAUCUAGGCUUAUCUCCACGGGAUUUAAUACUGCACUUUAAACACAAGAUUCUAAUUCUCUUCAAGUUGGUCCUGUUGGAGAAGAAGGUGCUGUUUUAUGUGUCUCCUGUCCAUCGAUUAGUGGGAACUCUAAUGACUGUCCUUUCUUUAUUCCCUGGUAUGAUUGACCAUGGCCUGGUGGACUCCUCUCACUACACCUGUAAGAGCAGCGUAUCAGAAACCUCAGACAGUCCUGACCCAGCCAAGGUCGUCCCCACCGCUGGAGAACAGCAGCGUAAAACUGACUGUAAAACUUCUAUUGCUGAUGCCACAGAGGACGAGUCUUGUGCUUUUGACCACUCAGAAACCCACGAAUCACAUGCCUCAGGCAGCCCUCUGAGCCACCCCCAGCCACACCCACCCUCCCACACAUCGCCAGAUUCCUCUGAGAGCGACUGGGAGACGCUGGACCCGAGUGUGUUGGAGCCCGGGGAGCGGACAGACGGGACAGUGAAGAGUCUGGACACAGAAUCCAGUGAGCCAAUCACAGUCCAGCCCAAAUCUGCUGCAGACCAGGGUCAGCUGAUCCAGGGGCUGGUGUCUGGUCUGGAGGAGGACCAGUACGGUCUACCACUUGCAAUUUUUACUAAGGGUUACUUGUGCCUACCCUACAUGGCCCUGCAGCAGCAUCAUCUGCUGUCGGAUGUGAAAGUGCGAGGUUUCAUUGCCGGGGCAACCAACAUCCUUUUUCGCCAACAGAGACACCUCAGUGAUGCUGUUGUAGAUGUGGAAGAGGCCCAUAUCCAUGUGGAUGAUCCAGAGCUACGCAGGAUAUUGGGUUUAUCCACAGCAGACCUGCGAUUCACAGACUUCCUGAUCAAACAUGUCACUGAAAACAGAGAGGACGUGUUUCUGGAUGGAACGGGCUGGGAAGGAGGAGACGAGUGGAUCAGAGCACAGUUUACUCUGUAUUUACACUCCCUCCUAGCAUCUACACUACAGCAAGAUAAUGAGAAGCUGUUGGCAGACUAUGGCUCUGCCUUCAUCUCUGCCUGGAAGAUCACACACAAUUACAGAGUAUGGUUCAGCAACAAGCACCCAGCCAUGGCUGAGAUUACUCCAGGUCAUCCAUUCCAGGGACAGUAUAGUGUGGCUGAUGUGAAGCUGCGCUUGUCACAUUCAGUGCAGAACAGUGAGCGGGGAAAAAAGCUUGGGAACGCUGUGAUGACCACCAGCCGCAGUGUGGUGCAGACUGGAAAAGCUGUAGGUCAGUCAGUGGGCGGAGUUUUCACCAACGCUAAAUCUGCCAUGUCCUCCUGGUUCUCCACACUGGCCCCGCCCCCAGUGACCAAUCCACCUUCAGACUCUACAGCAAACAAACAGUGACCUCUUCAUGCCUCAUUCACACUGUUCACCAGGAUUCAUCUUCACACUUAUGGUUCUGGAUGGUUUACUGUAUUUUUAUGAUCACAGCAUAAGUUUACUUUUACCUUUCUUCAUCUUUUAGGUCAGAGAAUCAAUGUUAGAAGCAGUUCUACUGUUCAGCUUCAAAGUAUUCAGUCUCGAAAUGAUUUAGAAUUUGUCCAGUACACUUCCUACUUCCUUUAGCCAUCUUUAAGCAUCAUCAUGUCUAACCAAAAUAAUUAAGUACUGAAGCUUGUUGCCUUUAGCAAUCCAGAAUUAUUUAAAUAUUCUACAGAGCUACAAAUCAUUAUCAGAAAUAUUAACAUCGUAUUUGACAUAAGAUGAGUGGAAAUAGUAACACUGUCACUGAGACAAAAGGGCAGUGUGGAUUAUGCUGAUUCUUUUGCUUGUGUUUUAAAUGAAGUACUUUUGACAGUCUCAGGUUUAGUCGCAUUGACUCAAAGAAAGAAGGGAUUUUACAUUUGUAGCCUAAAAAUGACAUCAAACUAUUAAAAACAACACACAUGGAACUGAGAACUCAGAGAUUUGCUCUCAUAUAACCAUUACCAAGGUUUUAGAAACUGUAUAGGCAGUUUCUUACACUCACAGCUUCUUACACUCACAGUCCAUUUCUGAGGCUAGGAUUUAAAAGCCCAAACAGCUCUGUAAAAAUUAAGAGACCACUUCAGUUUCUAAAUAAUUUUCUCUGAUUAUAGGUAUAUUUAUUUAUAGGUAUAUGUUUGAGUAAAAUGAACAUUGUUCUUUUAUUCUAUAAACUAUAUACAACAUUUCUCCCAAAUAAGUUCAGAAAUCAAUAUUUGGUGGAAUAACCCUGGUUCUUAAUCACAGUUUUCAUGCAUAUUGGCAUGUUCUCCUCCACCAGUCUUACACACUACUUUUGGAUAACUUUAUGCCACUCCUGGUGCAAAUAUGUAAGCAGUUCAGCUUGGUUUGAUGGCUUGUGAUCAUCCAUCUUCCUCUUGAUUAUAUUCCAGUUGGUCAAAUAAAAAAAAAACUCAUCAUUUUUAAGUGGUCUCAUUUUUUCAAGGGCUGUAUAUUCAAUGCCUUUCAAUGAAAAAACUCUUCUGUUUAGCUGAUGAGUUGACUCAAGUGUCUUUAAUGAUGUAAAACUCUAAAACCCUGCAGCACUGUGGCCUUGAGUCAACAGAGCUGGCCCAUUCCAACCUGCAGUUUUAAAAAAUAUAUGAAUAGUUAAGAAAGCAGAACAUAAAUGUAUGUGUGAAAUUGUUAUAUAAUAAACAGAGUAUAUACUAUAAUAUAAUGUAAAGUCUCACCAUAGACUAUUUAAGUGUUAAUUUGUUUGGUUGGUUGGUUUUGACCAUUUUCUGGGCUGGUUAUCCUGUUUGUUUUCCUCGGAACAUGUUUAAAACGUAUAAAAUGGAAUAUGGCUGCUGUGCUCUCAUGUAUAUGUAUCUAGUUUCUGUGUCAUUAGCUUGUGUUUAGAUGUCUCAAAACACACACACAGAUUGUGUUUGAACAAUCCUUGUGAACUCGUACAAGGCUUCCCUUCUAGGCUAAGUGAACCAGUACGUACCUAAUGGCCUUAUUUAAUAUGGCAUUUUAAAUUAAUUAAACCAUUUUCCCUUCUUUUGUCUCUCUCAUAUUGGUUAUUAACACCAAAAACACAUCUUUUAUAUCUGUUUCUGUUUUCUCAUUUUCUGUUCGUUUGUGCUAUUAUUGUAAAAUAAUGGUCAUAUCUAAUGGGAUGACAUGAUCAAUUUUAUUGUUGUUCUUUGUGUUUAAAUGUAGAGUGAUUUCUGGUUAGUGUUUAAAGGGCCCAUAUCCUUGAUUUUUAAACUAUAAAUAAUGCACCAUAUUGUUUUUUUUUUUUUUUUUUGUGAAAUUUUGUUCCAUUUUCUCUCUUCUCUGUGUUGGAGCGGUUUAUUUAUUAAUGUCCUUAAAUUGCUUUUCACUUUAUAUUGAGGUAUUUAGAGAUAUAUCAAAAAUGAACUAAUGAUGCAGAUGCUGUUUAUUUUUUUGGUGAUCUACAAUAUUUACACAUCAUUGAGUUCCAUCUAUUAAAUAAAAUACUUUUGAAGACCUUA